AAUGCCAUGGCGACCACGCAUUUGUACUCUCUGGGUUGUGUGAGUGUGUACGAGCUCAAGGGCCUCGUGUUGGUGUACAUGGUGUGGUUUAUAGACAUACAUAAUUGGGCAAUUUCGGUUAGGAGGGACGAUACAACGAAACGGAAGCAGCGGCAGCGCGUGUGGCGAGUGAUGGGCCUGCUGGACACGGACGCGUGGUUGAUGCUGUACGAGGGCGUGGCCGCGUCGUGGCCGACUCUAGAGGAGCGGGAAGUGGUGGAGAAUGUGGGCAAGGCCGGGGUUGCGGUGGCGCUGUUCGUGUGCACCGCGCUGUUGUGCGCGGUGGCAGCCAUGGUGGUGAAGAAGCAGAUGCAGAAGAAUGUCAACUGGGGGCGGGUGCAGGCCACCAUCAAAGAGUUCCGGGACGGUUGCGCCACGCCGCUGCAGAGGCUGCAGAAGCUGGCGGCGGACAUGCACACGGAGAUGAUUGCCGGGCUGGCCAAAGACGGUGGCAGCAAGCUCAAGAUGCUGCUCUCGUUUGUGGAGAAGUUGCCUUCGGGGAACGAGAGUGGCCUGUUUUACGGGCUGGACCUGGGGGGCACCAAUUUUAGAGUCCUCAGAGUCCAACUGGGUGGCAAGGACAAGCGCAUCGUCAAGCAGGAGCACGAGGUGGUGUCCAUUCCCCCAAGGCUGAUGAUUGGCAGCAAUGAGGACCUGUUCGACUACAUUGCGCAAGUCUUGGCCAAGUUUGUGGCCAAAGAGGGUAACGACUGCAAGCUGGCUCCGGGCCACAAACGGGAGCUCGGCUUCACUUUCUCAUUUCCCGUGUCGCAGCAAUCCAUUGACUCGGGAACGCUCGUCAAGUGGACCAAAGGCUUUGCCAUAGCUGAGACGGUGGGCAAGGACGUUGUCAAGGAGCUGCAAGCUGCGAUGGUGAGGCAGAAGGUGGACAUGCGAGUUGCUGCGCUGGUGAACGACACGACGGGGACGUUGGCGGGGGGCCGUUACCGCAACGACGACGUUAUGAUGGGGCUGAUUCUGGGGACGGGCUCCAAUGCCUGCUACGUGGAGCAGACGAGUGCCAUUCCCAAGUGGCCGUCGGGGCUUCCCAAGCCGGAAAUUACUGUGAUCAACAUGGAAUGGGGGAACUUCUGGUCCUCGCACCUUCCAAAGACCAAGGUCGACGACGACCUGGACGCGGACAGCGUCAACCCCGGAGAUCAGGCGUUUGAGAAGCUGUUUUCGGGAAUGUAUCUGGGUGACAUUGUGAGGAGGGUCAUUCUCAAGCUUGCGCAGGAUGCCUGCCUAUUUGGCGGCAGCAUACCAAAGAACCUCACGUCCCCAUUCGUUCUCAGGACUCCAGAUGUGUCUGGCAUGCAUGCGGACGAGAGCGCCGACCUUAAAGAAGUGGCCAAGGUUAUCAAGGCGGCAUUUGGGGUCCGCAGCCUGCCAGUGGAGACCCGCAAGGUGAUAAUCGAGAUAUGUGACAUUGCAGCUCAACGCGGUGCGCGGCUGGUGGCCGCUGGCAUUGUGGGCAUCCUGAGAAAGAUUGGAAGGGAAGGGAAGGACGUGCGAACCGUGGUGGGAAUGGACGGAGGGCUGUACGAGCACUACCCAAAGUUCCGCGGGUGCCUGCACGAGGCACUCGGGGAGCUGCUUGGCAAGGAAGGAUCGGCCAACGUCGUCAUCGAGCUGUCCAAGGACGGGUCGGGGCUGGGCGCUGCGCUGCUCGCGGCCUCUCACUCCGUCAAUCUGCAAAAGGCUUGACUUGUUGGAUGAUGACGAUAAACGUAAUAAGAGUUGAUUCGCUA